AUGGUGUUUGAGAUUGAAAUUAAAAAGCAACAUCGAGCUCUGGUAUUAUGGUGAUGGUGGAAAUUAAUUAGUAUUAAUAAUCCUAAUAAACAUUAGAGAUAUUCCCAUUUCCAGGUAAGAAUGAAGGGAAGGAGAAUAGCAACAGCAACAAAAGGCCAGAAGCAUGAGGACAAAAUCGUCCAUCAAAUAAAAGAAUCGAAGCGCAUUCAUUUCUCUCUUUGUCGUCUUCGAAAAUCAUCAAAAGCAGGUGCACCCCCCUAACCUUAACCUUUACUUCACCUGCCCCAUUACCCAUUACCCAUUACCCAUUACCCAUCCUUUCCCACUAAAACCCCUUCCCAAUUCCGUUACCGUUAUCCCUUUCUCUCUCCCUCUCUCUCCUUUUUUAUUUAUUAACACUCCUUCUUCACAUUACCCAUCCCUCUCCUUCCACCUAGAAUCCUACUUUUUGGGUCGCAGGAGUGAGAAACGCCAAAAGGGUCUUCACUUCCGCAUGAAGCGUCCACUUUCGUCCGCCGCCGGCGCCGACCGGAAGAUGAAAAAGGUGAAAGCGGUGGAAAGCGAUGACGAAGAGGGUAACGAUGGGAGGAUUGGUGGUGGCCUUGCCAAUUUCGACGAGAAUCUUCUGUUCGAGGUGUUGAAGCACGUGGACGCGAGGACGCUGGCCAUGGCGGGUUGCGUAAACAAACAGUGGCAUAAAACGGCACAGGAUGAGAGACUCUGGGAACUGAUCUGCACAAAGCAGUGGGCUAACACCGGGUGUGGUGAGCAACAGCUACGAUCCGUGGUCCUUGCUCUUGGUGGCUUUCGUCGUCUUCACUCGCUUUACCUCUUGCCCCUUUCCAAGCCUCAAACAUCUUCCUCGGCUUGGGGUCCCAUAUCGCAGGUGAUUCGGUCGAAGCCGCUACCUCGUUUGGGGAAAGACGAGGUUCAUCUCUCCCUUUCACUUCUCUCUAUUCGCUACUAUGAGAAGAUGAAUUGCAAUAGAAGCAGAUGAUGAUUGUUCCUUCCAUUCCACGUGUUGUUCUAAAUCUAAUUUCGGCUUUCGGGUUUUUCUUUUGCUUUUUUUUCAUUUUGUGCGAUUUUUAGAUUUAUGUCGCCAGAUCUGGUUUUUAUUCGGGCAAUUAAUUAGUCUAAGCUGGAUGUGUAAAUUGAGGGGGAAGAGAAGACUGAUGAGAAUGUAUAAUGUUUUGUAUGUACUUUGAUUUGACGAUAAAUAUAUAUUGGGAUCGAAUUAUGAUAUAUUUUUUUUUAUGUUGAGAUUGAAUUGCUUAUUUUGGGGGUUGUGUGAAUAGAUUAGGGUUUGGAUCUGAGGGAAAAAGGGAAUUGAUUUGGUGCUGAAUGAGAAAUGGGUGUGGUGGGUGGAGUUGCCGAAAGGGGAUGAAAGGAGGGAUGGGGGGUCCUGAGAGUGGUUUUUCCGAAUGCGCACAAAGAGACAGACGCCGAGGUCUUAUUGUUGUAUAAUAAAUGUCUGGUACUGCCUAUGUUUUCUGGCUCUUAUUUCGGCCCAAUGGGUAAAAGACACACGAAUGAGUUUGCCCUUCCAUUGGUUCUGCAAAAGCCAAAUUUUUCUUGAGGGACGAUAUUUGUCGCUACGGGGAUCCAUCUUAUUUGUUUCAUUUACUCCACUUUUUUAAUGCAUUACUC